AUUCGACGCAUGCGCAUUAAACGCGAAGCGGCCGAGCCGAAAUUACUUUUUCUGGAACUGUUAGAUUAUUUCAAGAUCGGAGUAAAGAGAAGGUAUUUUACGGUUAAUAUUGUACCUUAACAAACUGUCGACCGAAAUGCAAAAACAACGACUUUGUAGUUUGUGGUAUAUUUGUCGAUGAGGCAAUUUCCUCUCUAAAUAUUUUUAUUACUCUAGACUAGCCGCUUUAUUCACAUCUACGCAUGAUUUACACUUCUUUCAAUUGUUUCAAUGCCUCAAGAAUCGAUAGAACGGACUAAUAUGCUCACCAAUAUUCUAUUUCGAUAGUUAGUUGCUAACUUCUAUUAAGAGCUUAUAAAUUCCCUCCAAUACAACAUAUAUUGCUAUUGAAAUAGGCCAAAUAAAAACUGAAUUGUGCUCUAAAAAAAUCAUGAUCAUGCAGUAUCCUGGCAAUACGCAUGCGCAAAAUGCAGGAAAUACAAUAUAAUCGAAGAUUAUAUGUUUUAAAUAUAGCUUAUUGAAAUAUUAUUCAUAUAGUGCGUUUUUUAUCCUCCGAUCGUUUUCGCUAUGCAAAUUUUUGGCGAAAUAUGUUUAAUAGAUUUUAUGUUAUCGGCAGAUUGAUAUGUCUGAAGAAGAGAAACCUACCGAUACUGGAGAAAGCGAAGCAAAACCGCCAGAAACUUCUCCUGGUGCAAGUACGACAAGUGCUAUUUCGACGAUAACAACAACUACAACAACAACAACUGCUACACCAACUGUACCCUCGUCCACAGCCUCAACUUCAAAAGCGUCUGGACCUCAGAAGCCAAAUUAUAUAUUGAAGUUUACGUUGGCAGGACACACUAAAGCGGUGUCGUCUGUGAAAUUCAGUCCGAAUGGUGAAUGGCUGGCGAGCUCAUCUGCCGAUAAACUUAUUAAAAUUUGGGGAGCUCACGAUGGAAAGUUCGAAAAGACACUCUCGGGCCAUCGAUUGGGAAUAUCAGAUGUUGCGUGGUCGUCAGACAGCAAAUUACUCGUUAGCGCAUCAGACGAUAAAACUUUGAAAAUUUGGGAUCACGCUUCAAAUAAAUGCAUAAAAACUCUGAAGGGUCACAGUAACUACGUAUUUUGCUGUAAUUUUAAUCCACAAUCAAAUCUAAUAGUUUCUGGAUCGUUUGAUGAAAGUGUUCGAAUUUGGGAAGUGAAAUCAGGAAAGUGCUUAAAACAGUUACCGGCUCAUUCGGAUCCAGUUACAGCAGUUCAUUUUAACAGAGACGGUUCGUUAAUUGUAUCGAGUUCAUAUGACGGACUAUGUCGCAUUUGGGACACAGCAAGCGGGCAAUGUCUAAAAACGUUAAUUGAUGACGAUAAUCCACCAGUUUCAUUUGUUAAAUUUUCACCUAAUGGAAAGUAUAUAUUAGCCGCUACCCUCGACAAUACUCUUAAAUUGUGGGAUUAUUCAAAAGGAAAAUGUUUGAAGACGUAUACGGGUCAUAAAAAUGAAAAAUAUUGUAUAUUUGCUAAUUUCUCAGUCACGGGCGGUAAAUGGAUAGUUUCUGGAUCAGAGGAUAAUCACGUUUACAUUUGGAAUUUACAGACAAAAGAAGUUGUUCAAAAGUUACAGGGACAUUCAGAUACAGUGCUUUGUACUGCCUGUCAUCCCAGCGAGAAUAUCAUUGCAUCCGCAUCUCUAGAGCAGGAUAAAACAAUUAAAUUAUGGAGAAGUGAUGUUUAA